AGAGCUGGGAAGAGGGGGAUGGGCUCAGGGCAGGUAGCGGGGACUAGGCCUUCCUGGGUGGCUGCCCCGGCUCCCUCCAGCCAUCCGGCUCGUUCCCAGGGCUGGGGGAGCCGUUGGAUGCCGAGGCAGGGGCGGGGCCAGGUCCCCAAGGGUCUCCCCGCCCCUACGGGCUCCGCUGAGCAGAGGUGAAACCUGAACCUAGGUUGGGGGCGGGGCUGGCUCCUGCUCCUCACGGGGCUGGCCUGCGCCUCCACCCCCUUUCCCUCCAGCCGGCUUCUGGAAGAGGAAAGUCUGGGUCCCCGAGCCCCUGGAGCAGGGACCGCGAUGGAGCCCGCAGCCCGGGGUCGCUCCCCGCCCUGAGCGCCCCCGCAGGCGGCCAUGCUGCCCCGAGGGCGCCCCCGGGCGCUGGGGGCCGCGGCGCUGUUGCUCCUGCUGCUUCUGAUCGGAUUUUUCCUGUUCGGCGGGGACCUGGAGUACGAGAGGCCGCGGGGAGCUGCUGCCCUCGACGGAGACCCGCCGGCGGACCGCGGGGGCCACAACCUCUCGGACUGCGUCCCGCCGCGGCCGCGGCCGCUGCCGCCCAAGUGCGAGCUCUUGCACGUGGCCAUCGUGUGCGCGGGACAUAACUCCAGCCGAGACCUCAACACCCUGGUGAAAUCUGUGCUCUUCUACAGGAAAAAUCCACUGCAUUUCCAUUUGGUGACUGAUGCUGUGGCCAGGAACAUUCUGGAGAUGCUCUUCCACACGUGGAUGGUGCCUGCUGUCGGGGUCAGCUUCUAUGACUUGGAAGAGCUCAAGCCCCAGGUCUCCUGGAUCCCCAACAAGCACUACUCUGGCCUGUAUGGCCUAAUGAAGCUAGUGCUGCCCGGUGCCCUGCCCCCUGACCUGGCCCGUGUCAUUGUGCUGGACACAGAUGUCACCUUCGCCUCUGAUAUCGCAGAGCUCUGGGCGCUCUUUGCUCACUUUUCUGACAAGCAAGUGAUCGGUCUUGUGGAGAACCAGAGCGACUGGUACCUGGGCAACCUCUGGAGGAAUCACAGGCCCUGGCCUGCCUUGGGCCGGGGAUUUAACACAGGUGUGAUCCUCCUGCGGCUGGACAGGCUCCGGCAGGCCGGCUGGGGGCAGAUGUGGAAGCUGACCGCCACUCGCGAGCUCCUCACCCUGCCCGCCACCUCACUGGCAGACCAGGACAUCUUCAAUGCCGUCAUCAAGGAGCACCCGGGCUUGGUGCAGCCCCUGCCCUGCGUCUGGAACGUUCAGCUGUCAGACCACACGCUGGCUGAGCGCUGCUACUCGGAGGCAUCUGAUCUCAAGGUGAUCCACUGGAACUCACCAAAGAAGCUGCGUGUGAAGAACAAGCACGUGGAAUACUUCCGAAACCUCUACCUGACCUUCCUGGAGUAUGACGGGAACCUGCUGCGGAGAGAGCUCUUCGGGUGCCCCAGCCCGCCCCCUCCGGGGACCGAGCAGUUGCAGCGGGCCCUGGCACAACUGGACGAGGAAGAUGCCUGCUUUGAGUUCCGGCAGCAACAGCUCACCGUGCACCGGGUGCACAUCUCCUUCCUGCCCCAUGAGCCGCUGCCUCCCCGGCCCCACGACGUCACCCUGGUGGCCCAGCUCUCCAUGGACCGGCUGCAGAUGCUGGAAGCCCUGUGCAGACACUGGCCAGGCCCCAUGAGCCUGGCCUUGUACCUCACAGAUGCAGAGGCCCAGCAGUUCCUGCGUUUCGUCGAGGCCUCGGCAGUGCUCUCCGCCCGGCAGGACGUGGCCUACCACGUGGUGUAUCGUAAGGGUCCCCUCUACCCUGUCAACGAGCUUCGGAACGUGGCCUUGGCCCAAGCCCUCACGCCUUACGUCUUCCUCAGCGACAUUGACUUUCUGCCUGCUUAUUCCCUCUACGACUACCUCAGGGCCUCCAUCGAGCAGCUGAAGCUGGACAGUGAGCGCAAAGUGGCCCUGGUGGUGCCGGCAUUCGAGACCCUGCACUACCGCUUCAGCUUCCCCAGUUCCAAGGCCGAACUGCUGGCCUUGCUGGACUCUGGCUCUCUCUACACCUUCAGGUACCACGAGUGGCCCCGGGGCCACGCGCCCACAGACUAUGCCCGCUGGCGAGAGGCUCAGACCCCGUACCGUGUGCAGUGGGCAGCUGACUAUGAGCCCUACGUGGUGGUGCCUCGUGACUGUCCCCGCUACGACCCCCGAUUUGUGGGGUUCGGCUGGAACAAGGUGGCCCACAUCGUGGAGCUGGAUGCACAGGAAUAUGAGCUCCUGGUGCUGCCUGAGGCCUUCACCAUCCACCUGCCACAUGCCCCGAGCCUCGACAUCUCUCGCUUCCGCUCCAGCCCCGCCUAUCGUGACUGCCUCCAGGCCCUGAAGGACGAGUUCCACCAGGACUUGUCCCGUCACUACGGGGCUGCAGCCCUCAAAUACCUCACUGCCCUGCAGCAACCCCCAGGCCCCGCCUGACCCCCCCCAGGCUGGGCCUGCAGUGGCUCCCCGCUGCCUCCCCCCUCCCCCCCCCCCACCUUGGCUCUCACGCUCCCUGCAGACACUGGAGCAGCCUUGCCACCCAUCCCACCCUCCCUGCUAUUUAAAUUAUUGAAGGUCUCAGUGGAAAGGGCUUCAGUUGGAGCACCUGUGGGGUGGGUCCUGGGGGCCUCCCCGUGCUGCUAUGGCUGGGAUCUAGUCUCACUCUGCCCCAGUGGUUUGGGGGCUGGUUCCCCUAGCUUCAUCUGUACAUCUCUUUUUCGUAAUUAAAAGGUUUUAAAGCC